UGCAAAAAUUAGAUCCAAGUUUAAGAGUACCCUACAUACUAAUCAUGUCACUACCCGGUGCUGUGCGGCUUGCCACCUCCUGCUCACCAAGAGCUGUGUCCUGUCGCAGCCUUCAAUUUCUUCGCCCGACACAGAGCUUUGCACACAGUGGUAUCUCUCGGUCACCCAAAACAUCAUACAUCCGGCUUUACGCCUCGAGGUCGAAGGCGAAAUCCACUGCAGACCUAGUCCCGGGAUCUAAACAAGCUCUCACUUCUGAGGUUUCUCGUUUGGAAUAUGGAAAAUCCGAGGCGAAGAUGAGUGCCGCUGUCGAGUGGUACCGCAAAGAGGUAGCUGGCCUAGAGACUCGUGCAAGUGGUCGCGUCACCCCAGCCCUUCUCUCGCCAGUACGCGUAGAACUUCCAGGCAAAGGAAAAGACCUUGUGAAACUCGAGGAAGUGGCCACCAUUGGCGUUCGAGAUGGCUCAACCUUGAUUAUUACGGUGUUUGAGGAACAUAAUUUGAAAGCAGUGGAACAGGCCCUAUAUGCCGCAAAGCUACCAAAUAUUAUUCCUCAGAAGCAGGAUUCCAGGACAAUCAAGAUUCCCAUACCUAGGCCAACAGUCGAAGCCCGCAAUGCGUUGACUGCGACUGCUCAGCGAAUGGCAGAGGAUACCCGGGUACAACUUCGAAAAAUACAACAGGCUAGUGUCAAAAAAGGCGACUACAAAAAGCACUCAGUUGAGCUCGAAGAAUUUCAGAAACUUGCAGAUAAGAACUCUGCCGAAGUAGACAAGAUUCUUGCACAUAUGAAGAAAUCAACUGGGGGCCGGUAGGGUAUCCCUCCAUGGAGAGGCUGUACCCUAUCGACAUCUUUCAAGGCAUCAAGCUUCAGGCCUCACUAUCUGUGUCUAUCAUUAUCGGUGCAGAUACUAAUUCAAGGUUCAUGAUACAUGCGAAUAUUCCAUAUACGACAGGAAUUUUUCGACAUUACUAUAAGUGAAGCCGGGAAAGGCGACGGUAAGAAUAUCAACAACCACUGCACUGGGCCACUGCCUGAUGUACUAGUUGAUACAUUCGAAAGUGAUAAAUAAUAAUCAAGCUUGUCUGAUCC